UUUAGCUUCCUCAUUUCCGUUUCCCACACCCCUCCCUCACCCAAAAACGCACGCCUCCGAUCCCCACGCCGAGACGGCAGCCUUAGACCUAGCCACCACAGCCACCGUCGGACAGUGACCUCCGCGGACUCCGCAGGCACGGGGAUAAGAUCACUCAACCCUGGGCUGAUUGUGGCUGGUAUUGGCGAUUUAAGUGUUUGUUAGGUGUUUUCUCUUGUGUCUUGUGUCUUAAUCUUUGAUUAAGCUUCACUGAAAAGACUGUACCUGAGAAACUCUGUUGUUGGAACAUUUAUCUUGUAAUAUGAAUGUAUUUUGACAAUCCUUCUUCAUGUGCUAGAAUCAUAUAUUUCAGCUUCAGAGCUUUUAUGGUACUUUUUAAGUUCCCUACUGAAGCGAAUACCUAAUGCAUUAACUUUAAGUUUGUGAUGACCAUUCAUGCAAAUUCGUGGAUAUUAAUUCAGAACCUGGUGGCAUAUUAAUCCUGGAUACUUGAUCAAAAGGAAAAUUGGAGCUCCUUGUUCAUGUCUUCAAUGGAGAGCCUAGCACAGUUAGAGGUGUUGUGCGAAAAGCUUUACAACUCUAGAGACUCGGCUGAGAGAGCACAUGCAGAAAGUACGCUCAAGUGCUUCUCAGAGAACAGUGACUACAUUUCGCAGUGCCAAUAUAUAUUGGACAAUGCGUCAACUCCAUAUGCCUUGAUGUUGGCCAGUACAAGCUUGGUGAAGCAAGUCUCAGACCGCAGUCUUUCUCUGCAAUUGCGCCUUGAUAUCCGGAAUUAUGUCAUGAACUACCUUGCGGCAAGAGGACCUAAAUUGCAGAACUUUGUGACUAUUUCCCUAAUUCAGCUUGCAUGUCGGAUAACAAAAUUUGGAUGGUUUGAUGAUGACAGAUUCAGAGAGAUUUUUAAAGAAGCAACAGAUUUCUUAGCUCUUGCAUCUCAGGAUCACUAUUUAAUAGGAUUGAAGAUACUAAAUUUUCUCGUAAUGGAAAUGAACCAGGCGAACUCUGCAAUGCCUUUGACACUUCACAGAAAAAUUGCAACUUCAUUCAAGGAUCAGUUUCUUCUGCAGAUUUUCCAAAUUUCUCUUACCUCAUUACACCAACUGAAAAGUGAAGUACCGGAUGAGCUAAGGCGUGUUCCUAUUUCGCUUGCAUUGAGGUGCUUGUCAUUUGACUUUGUUGGUUCUCCAGUGGAUGAGAGCUCUGAAGAGUUUGGAACAGUGCAGCUUCCUGCAUCCUGGAGGCCUCUCCUUCAAGAUCCUUCCACUGUUCAGAUAUUUUUUGAUUACUACAAAGUCAAUGAUACAUCUAUUUCAAAAGAGGCUUUGGAAUGUCUUGUCAGACUUGCUUCUGUCAGGCGAAGUCUUUUUGUGGAAGACCCCGCCAGGUCCCAGUUUCUCUCACAUCUGAUGUCAGGCACCAGGGAGAUACUCCAAACAGGCCAAGGUCUCGCUGAUCAUGGAAAUUACCAUGAGUUCUGCCGUCUUCUGGGACGCUUUAAAGUGAAUUACCAGUUAUCAGAGCUUCUGAAUGUUGAGUUCUAUGGUGAAUGGCUUGGUCUCGUAGCAGAAUUUACAACUAAAUCAUUGCUAUCAUGGCAGUGGGCCAGUAAUAGCGUCUACUAUCUUUUAAGUCUCUGGUCAAGGCUGGUGACAUCUGUGCCUUACUUGAAAGGCGAUACACCGAGUCUGCUUGAUGAAACUGUACCCAAAAUUACAGAGGGUUUUAUCACUUCUAGAAUUAAUUCUGUCCAGGCCAGCUUUGCGGAUAACUCACCAGACCCAGAUAAUCCGUUAGAAAAUGCGGAAAGUCUCCAGGAUCAGCUGGAGAGUCUUCCUUAUCUUUGUAGAUUCAAGUAUGAAAGCUGUAGCCUCUUCAUCAUUAAUAUCAUGGAGCCUCUUCUACAAGCUUAUACGGCAAGGUCAAGAUUACCAGCUUCUGGAGAUGCAGCUGAGCUGUCUGUCAUUGAAGGGCAAAUUGCAUGGAUGGUCCACAUAAUUGCAGCUAUUCUCAAGAUUAGGCAGACUGUUGGUUGCAGCCAAGAUUCACAGGAGUUAUUCGAUGCAGAACUUGCGGCUCGUGUGUUACAGUUGAUAAAUAUUACUGACACAGGGGUGCAUGCACAGAGAUAUCAAGAAAUAAGUAAGCAAAGGCUUGAUCGAGCUAUUCUUAUCUUUGUUCAAAAUUUCAGAAGGUCAUAUGUAGGGGACCAAGCCAUGCAUGCUUCAAAGUUGUAUGCAAGAUUGUCUGAACUUCUUGGACUGACUGACCAUUUAGUUUUACUCAACGUCAUUGUUGGGAAAAUAGCUACAAAUCUGAAAUGCUAUGCUGAGUGCGAAGAUGUUAUUGAUCAUACUCUGUCACUGUUCCUGGAGCUUGCAUCUGGCUAUAUGACUGGAAAGCUUCUUCUCAAGCUGGAGAGUACAAAGUUCAUUAUCGCAAAUCAUUCUCGGGAAAAUUUUCCGUUUCUUGAAGAAUACAGAUGUGUCCGCAGUAGAACUAACUUCUACUACAUCCUUGGCUGCUUGGUAUUCAUGGAGGAUGGCCCAGUAAAAUUCCGAAGUUUCAUGGAGCCACUUCUGCAGGUUGCAGUUAAUUUGGAGGCAAGUGCUGAUGCUGCUUUCCGGACUGAUGUUGUAAAGUACGCAUUUACUGGUUUGAUGAGAGAUCUACGAGGCAUUGCUAUGGCCACAAACAGCCGCAGGACUUACGGCCUCCUAUUUGACUGGUUGUAUCCGUCUCGCAUGCCUCUUCUGUUGAGAGCCAUCUCCCUGCUGACUGAUGAACCAGAGGUCACCACACCCUUACUCAAGUUCAUGUCUGAAUUUGUUUUGAAUAAGGCUCAACGAUUGACAUUUGAUUCGUCAUCACCAAAUGGGAUCCUUCUGUUCCGGGAGAUUAGUAAGCUGAUUGUGGCUUAUGGUUCACGGAUUUUAUUACUUCCAAAUGGCACUAAUAUUUAUAGAAGUAAAUACAAAGGCAUAUGGAUUUCAUUGACUGUUCUUUCAAGGGCCCUAUGUGGGAACUAUGUCAAUUUUGGUGUCUUCGAGCUUUAUGGUGACAGAGCACUUGCGGAUGCCCUUGAUAUAUCUUUAAAGAUGACCCUGUCAAUUCCGUUGUCUGACAUAUUGACAUUUAAAAAGCUUUCAAAAGCAUACUAUGGAUAUAUGGAAGUUCUUUUCAACAACCAUAUCACUAUCAAUUCUGUCCUCAAUUUGGACACAAGCACAUUUGUGCAUAUUGUCACCUCGCUUGAAUCUGGCUUGAAAGGAUUAGAUACAGGAAUAUCAACACAGUGUGCUUCUGCCAUUGAUAGCUUGGCAGCUUUCUAUUUUAACAAUAUAACAGCUGGCGAUAAUCCACCAUCACCAGCUGCACUGAAUCUUGCUCGACAUAUUGGGGAGCUCCCAAGUUUAUUUCCUCAGAUACUGAAGUCACUUUUUGAAAUCAUUAUCUUCGAGGAUGCGGGUAACCAGUGGAGUCUCAGUAGACCAAUACUUAGUUUGACAAUGAUCAGUGAACAGAUGUUUAGUGAUCUGAGAGCGCAGAUAUUAGCGUCACAGCCUAUAGAUCAGCAACAACGCCUCUUACAGUGUUUCGAUAAGCUCAUGACUGAUGUCACAAGGAGCUUGGAACCAAAGAACAGAGACAGAUUCACUCAAAAUCUCACAACAUUCAGACAUGAUUUCCGAGCAAAGUGACAGUCGUUCAGAAUUACCUGCAAGUUUGAAGCAGGCGCUUCUGCAUUGCUGUAAAUACCAACUUGUUUGCCUCAUAGGAAUCACCAUUCGUUGGAAAAAAAAUACUUUUAGUUUGCAUUGGCUGAAAGAUAUAGGGCUCUGUCGCUCCAUGCUGUGGUGAAAAGCAGUUAUAAGUCUCUUAGCUUGUUGUCCGUAUCAGAAUGGUGAAUGGUGGGGAUUGACUUGUUUUACCUCCUUAUCCCUUUGCUUGUACAGCAACAUUCAUCGUGAUUGCUGUUUCCCCAAGUUGUUAGGGGGACAACAGCCAUCACUUACCUAAUUCAUUGGUUUAAAAGUUAGAAUGGAAAUGAUGUAAAUGGCCAUGUUGGCUUGCUAAAAUGUGGAAUUGGUAGUCUGGGAGGGAGGGGAAAAUCUUGCCCCAUGUACAUCAAUACCGUCUUUUAACAUCUUUUGUACAGUAUCAA